CAAACCCGAUCUUCAAUCUUCACGCAGCCACUUGUAUGCUUCUUGCACCAGCGACAUUCGACAAGCCAACAGUGGCGCCUUGAUUGUUCAUUUCUGAACAUUCACGAUGCCCGCAAAUGGCUCCACGACCUGCCAAACGGCAGCGCAGAUCGACCAUCAUCGUCUCGGACGAUAGCGACGAGGAAUACCAAUUGCCCACCGGACCCUCGAAGCCUGCUGCUGUCCAGCGCGAAAUAACCCUCGAUGGAAAGACCUCAGCCACCACCUCGCCGGCCAAGGCUGCUGGCAAAGGGAAGUCCAAAACCAAACCCACCGCAACGAGAAAAGGAAAAGCCGCAUCUACAACAGCAUCCCCCAAGUCAUCGCCGGAAAAGGCAAGAAAUAAUACUAGUAAUACGGACAAGAGUACAAGGUCAUUGCAUUCUUUCUUCGGCAAGGCCACUGAGGAAGAGAGAUGGCGCAAGAAAUCCGCGACGCCGGAUCCAGGGGACUGGGCGAAUGGAGAGUUGGACGAUGCAAUUGAAGACGAUGAGUUGUCGGACGAGACACUGCAGGAAUUAGGCCUUGCGAAGAGAUCCCAGCCACAGCCACAACCACAACCACCUGCGGUCAAGGCUAAGACUCUCAGAAGUCAAAGCAGCACCAGAGAUACAGGCAAUCUAUCCUCUAGCCAGCGAUUCUUCAAGACAGCACCAGCACCGUCGUCGAGUCAACCUGCCCAUAAAUCUGGGACGGGUCAUGUCCCUGAAGUCCAGUACCUUCCAUGGGCCGAUCGAUACGGACCCAGCAACCUCGACGAGCUGGUCGUACACAAGAAGAAGGUGUCUAACGUUCAAGGCUGGUUGCAGGGCAAGAUCAGCGGCCGAAAUAAUCAGAAAGUUUUAGUGUUAAAGGGGCCUGCGGGCAGCGGAAAGACGACGACUUUAUCAUUGCUUGCGAAAGCCAUGGGUUUGCAACUGGUCACUUGGCAUAAUCCUGCUGUUUCCGAGUUGGGCACAAGUACUUCGUCGAUCGCUCAUCAAUUUGAAGAAUUCCUCAACCGUGGAGGUCGAUUCGGCAGUCUUGUUUUCGACAACGACCAGGCUACCGACACGGCAUCAAGCCAAAGAGUCCUCGUCGUCGAAGAGUUCCCUGCAACCAUAUCGAGACAAUCCAGCGCCCUUCAAUCAUUUAGAUCCGUCAUCUUACAGUUUCUGGCACGGAGCAAGGCUACACCGUCUGGAUUUUCUGGUACUGACAACCUCCCACCUCUUGUCAUGAUCAUUUCCGAGACUCUAUUAUCGUCAGCCACAGCUAUCAGCGACAGCUUCACCGCCCACAGACUGCUAGGUCCCGAGAUAUUGAAUCACCCCUUCGUGACAGUGAUGGAAUUCAACCCGGUCGCAUCGACAUUUGUGACCAAGGCUUUGGACCUUGUCAUGCAAAAAGAAGCCAGAGACUCUCUGAGACGACGGGUUCCUGGUCCUGCCGUGAUACAGAGGCUCGCAGAAAUGGGUGAUGUUCGAAGUGCCGUCAACUCGCUCGAAUUUCUCUGUGUAAGAGGUUCUGGUGCUGGUGGAUCUGGUUCCGCAGAUUGGUCCGGCACCGUGGCUGUAACAGCAGCAGCCAAAACGAAAAAGAAAAAAGAUAGUGCGGUUUUAACAGAAAUGGAAAAGAACUCACUUCAAAUCGUCACCCGCCGCGAAACCACGCUCGACAUGUUCCACGCCGCCGGCAAGGUCGUGUACAAUAAGCGCGAAGAUCCUUGUGUUCUCGACACUCGAGCCGAACCACCGCCCAAGCCUCCGGACCAUAUGAUGCAUUUAUAUUACAAGUCCAAGGCUUCACAAGUAGAUAUCGAAGCUUUGUUUAAUGAGACGGGUACAGAUAUCCACACUUUUAUUUCUACCUUGCAUCAGAACUAUAUUUUGUCUUGCAACGGCGAUACAUUUGAAGAAUCGUUCGAUGGGUGCGCGGACGUUUUGUCUACUACGGAUGUAUUGGAUCCAGAAAGUCGGCCGGCAUUACGACGUGCAACAGGAAAUCCGAAUGCAAGUCUCAUCCAGGCCAAUUUGCAGACAGGGUCAUCGGAUACAUUGCGUCAAGAUGAGAUUGGGUUCCAUGUCGCUACGAGAGGGUUGUUAUUCAAUCUGCCGUAUCCGGUCAAUCGAGCGAGUCCCCCGAAUGGGAAAAAGGGCGAUGCGUUCAAAAUGUUUUAUCCGGCUAGUUUGAGGCUGUGGAAACCGAUGGAGGAAAUGGAUAGUUUGAUUGACUUGUUUGUUCAUGAUUCUGGCGUGGUAGCUCGAGGAGCUACUUUGUCGAGUGGUGUUGGUGAUCAUGGUGUUAUCACUGAUGGUUCUACCGCCGGCACUGGUGUCGCAAGUUGGCAAACUAGAGCAUUUGGUCCACCACAGGACGAAUUUGGCAAAUCUCACGGCGAUGAUGACGGCAAGGAUCAUGACGACGAUGGUGGUUCUCCUCCGGAUGAGGAUGAAGAUACUCCACCACGACCCGUUCAUCGUCCUAAAAUCACUCUGGUUUGUGAAAUCCUGCCGUACAUGGCGCGGAUCAUGGCUGCAAGAAAUCAGGAUGUUACUGUACUCGAACGCAUCACUAGGUUCAAGCCCGAGGCGUUUCUUUCGCAAACGGCUGGUGAGACUGAGGGUGAUGAUGUUGACGAGGAUGCUGGGACCGUCAAUGAGAGUGUCAACACCGCCCACUCCCAGCAUCGUCAACAACAACAACAACAUCUCCAUCAGUCAUCUUCUGCGAGAGAUAUGGGAAAUGGCAUAGCUGGUCACGGCGGUCCAGGGGCGGCCGCAGCGGCGGUUGAGAAGCUGUAUAUCUCGGACGACGACAUUGAAGAUGAUUGAAGUGAUUGGGUGAUUGAUCAAGUAACUUCGGAACGUCCAGGCGAUUGAUGGAAUGAAAUGACUAGAUUACAUACAGUAGGUACCCAUGAUUAAUUAGAUGAUCGAUUGAUUGAGCACCCAUGUCCUAUUGCUAAUAACAACUAAUGAGAGAGUAAUCUUUCCUC